AUGGGCAGUCCCGCUAAAUGUUCACCACCCACUGAGCCCAUCCGGCUGAAAAAGGACGCGAUCUACUUCUUAUUUACAGCGCAGAACCUAGUCCGGCAUCCCAAAAGCCCGCUCAAGCCUCUAUUUCGCACCGUGCUCCUCACGGAUCCGUUGGUUGACCUCCGGAAUGAGGUUGAGGAUUUCACCAUCAAGAGCAUGUACCCUGGUUUUACUAUCAAGUUCCGGCUGAUGGAUGGCACAAACUGCCAGGGAGGCCGUUGCAAGAUGCCAGCGAGCCCGCAAACUCAUGCCCAAAAGGCCCGCUGGAUAUAUCGAGACGUCUUUAUGGCUCUAAUCUGCAGCAAAUUGAACCGAAGACCAAGCAAACAUAGUGUCUUUGGACCAACCCCACAUGCCCGGUGGCUUUCCAUUGUUGAUCGGAUAAAAGUAAAUGAAGUCCUUCCACCCAUCUGCUACAAAAAGGAUAGUUCGAUUCCAGCUUUACCAAAAUAUAUAAUUUGCACUGGGUACCGUUACCACACCACUGACAACACCAACAGGAACCGAUACCACUAUUGUUACUACCAUUACCGCCAUUACAACCAUUACCUUUUAACUAAAACCAGCGGUGAGGAAUUAGGGUUAGCGGCUACGGUUAGGGUUUCGGGUAAUCCAACAAGAAUGUAA